AUGAAGAAGGCACUCGCUGCCUGUCGUAAGCAAAGUAAUAAUACGCGCGCGCGUAAGUAAAUGAUGCGAGGCGAAGGACAAGAGGAUGGGAGGUCAGGCUUCGCCUGACAAACUUGCUGACGGGUUUUAAUUAGCGACAGGGGGGGAGGAGAUUAGACAAAGUGAGGCACUCUUGCAGCCGCGCUGGCAUCACUAAUGCAUCUGGGAAUGGGAUUCCGAGGGGGUGGGAAGGCGAGAGACCUUCAGAAGUGACAAUUUCAGGAACGAUUAGCCGUCACCGUUUGAGUUAUGCGCUUACUAAACGGAGCACCUCGCACCCCACGGAACGGAACUGUGGCGUGCAUUUCGUAAAAAUAGAAUUAGAGGGUCUGGAAGUGUGUAUUCUCUCUCUCUCUCUCUCUCCCUCUCUUUCUCUUUCUCUUUUUAUAGUGCGAGGGUGACCGGGGGCUGAACGAGACAAAAAAAUUAGGCCGGUGAUUACACGCAUUAAAAGGAAGACGCCGUUGAUGUCUUAUUUAUUUCUGGCCCCGUUUCAACGGGGAAUUUCUGGCUGUAUGCUACGUAAAUGUUAUUUAGAUCCGUUUUACCGGAGAUUCAUUAAGUGUUGUCUUGAAAUUAUUUAAUCAAAAAGAGCGAACAGAAGUGUUUAUGAUAAUGUGUUUUCGUACAAUUAUUCUUUGGUAAAUGUAUCUUGAAUGAAAUUUCGUUCGGAGAUAAAUUGAGCGUGAGUUGCAUUUCCAGGUCGAACUUACAACGACUUGAACCAGUACCCCGUGUUCCCAUGGGUGUUGACUAAUUACGAGACGAAGGAGCUCGAUCUCAGUCUGCCCAGCAAUUAUCGUGAUUUAUCAAAGCCAAUCGGAGCGUUGAAUCCAAGUAGAAGGGCUUAUUUCGAGGAACGCUUUCAAAGUUGGGAGCAUGACAGUAUACCGCCGUUCCAUUACGGCACGCACUAUUCCACAGCUGCUUUUGUUUUGAACUGGAUGAUACGCGUGGUUUGGAGUAUUGGAACAUUCAGCGAAGAAUUGAUGUUCACGUAUUGCGAAUUUGAUUUAUUUCAGGAGCCGAUGACAACGAUGUUCUUGGCGCUGCAGGGUGGCAAAUUUGAUCAUCCGAAUCGUUUGUUCUCCUCGAUCGCUUUAUCUUGGAAGAAUUGCCAACGUGAUACUUCGGACGUUAAGGAGCUGAUUCCGGAGUUCUUCUUCCUACCGGAAAUGCUAGUGAACAGCAAUCGGUAUCGCUUGGGCAGGCAAGAGGAUGGCAGCGUGGUUGGCGACGUUGAAUUACCACCGUGGGCAUCGUCGCCGGAAGAAUUUAUACGAAUCAAUCGAAUG